ACGCUUUGCUUCUUCACGCUUAUCGCUUUGUUUAUUUCCUAACCUUACCCUACAUUCCGUUUGUUUACUUUUUUGCUCACUGAUAUUAUUCAAUUUACAUUGAUAAAUAAUGUAUUUCCCCAGUGAUUAAAGAGUUUAUUUUGUGAUAAACACAGAAAAAAAUUAUCGGCCUUUUUACAUACCCUAAGAGUAAUUAAUAUAUUCGCGAAAACCCAAUAUAACUUUGAAUUAAGACUGACCUUGAAAGUUUGAAAGCCUUUUAAAAAAUUAAAGGGUUUUAAACCAUAAUCUUUGAAAUAAAACUUUAAGUGUGUUUCGUAAUGAUUUUGUCAUGGGGGCAUGUUUAACGUUAGAACGUGAGGAGGGCAAAGCAAAGAGGCGCAGUGAAGAGAUUGAUAAGCAGCUUGGUGAAUUUGCUAAGCAACAAAGUAAUGUUAUCAAAAUUUUAUUAUUGGGUGCUGGGGAGAGCGGCAAAAGUACCCUAGUGAAGCAAAUGAAAAUCAUCCAUGCAGAUGGUUUUACUCGAACAGAACUGAAUAGUUUUAGACCAACAGUCUUAGAUAACCUUUUGUCUUCCAUGAAGUAUGUCUUAGCAGGCAUGGGUUUGCUUAGGAUAAAUUUAGAAUUUUCAAGAAACAAAGUCCAUGCCAAAAAUGUGUUGGCAGCAGAAAGUUGCUUUGACAUGAGCUUUACUGUAUUGCCACAAGUGGCUGCCAGCCUUCAGGCUCUAUGGUCUGACCGAGGAGUGAGGCUAGCUGUGGCAAGAGGAUAUGAAUAUGAACUAAACGAUUCUGCUUUAUAUUUAUUUGAAAAUAUGGAACGAAUCUGUGAUCCAAAAUAUGUGCCAAGUCCAACAGACGUCCUGAGGGCCAGAGUUAGGACUCAAGGAAUCAUUGAGACUCAGUUUCGAAUUCAGGAUAUGAUCAUUAACAUGUACGAUGUAGGAGGACAAAGAUCGCAAAGAAGGAAGUGGAUAUAUUGUUUUGAUGAUGUUAAAGCUGUUCUUUUUGUAAUAUCUUUAAGCGGAUACGAUAUGACCCUUAUAGAAGACCCCAAUGUUAAUCGAAUGGAAGAAAGCUUAAACUUAUUUGGCCAAAUCGUCAAUAAUCCGUUUUUUAGAGAAGCCUCGUUUGUGUUAUUUUUGAAUAAGUUUGACCUUUUUAGGGAAAAAAUUCUUUACUCCAAACGGCAUUUAAGGUUAUACUUUCCCGAUUAUAAAGGUCCAGACAAAGAUGUCGAUAGAGGAGCAUUAUUUAUCCAACACAAGUUCAUUUUAAAAAAUGGAGAUUCGAGGAAAGUUCUAUACCCGCAUUUUUGUACCGCAACUGAUACAGCCAACGUACAAGUCGUUUUUCAGUCUGUGAUGGAAAUGGUUAUUUCAGCCAAUUUGGGGCAGGUGACGCUUUUAUAAAAUAUUUUUGUGGUAUUGCUGGACUUUGUCACAGGUAAUUUACAUUUUAGUUAACUCUUGUGUCAUUUACAAAAUGGCCAUAGGGGUAAUAAUAAGUUAAGAAAAAAUAUGCAAAUGGUUGUUAAAGUGCAAUAUUAAUUACUAUGCGCACAGUCAAAAUUUGUCAGAUCUCGAUGUUAUACAAAUGCCUUAAACGGAUAUUUUUUUGAUGUAUUUAAUGAAUCGUCAAAAUAUUGCGCGUUAUUCAUCACUUACUUAUACAAUUGGUGGUUUUUCUAUAAUCUUUGAUAUUACAAAGAAUCUCCUAGUUCCUAAAAUCCUCAUGCCUAGAUAGAUAAAAAUAAUAAUGCUAUUGCCUGAUAAUGUAAACUAGGUAGUUUUUUAUAUAAUUAUGUCAUGUCUCUUAGAGUGGUUGAUGCUUUACUACUAUCGUAAACUUACGAUAAAAUAUAAAAACAGAAAUAUUGAUUAGAUCGAGAUAUCUACUUUUAAAGAGGUAAAUUUAGUUUCAAUUUAAUUUAUUACAUGCAUUCUGCCGUGCUAAGACGAGGUCGUAUCGGAUUUGAUUAAAGUUUUGAGAAAUGUAAAGAUUUAAAGUAAAGUAGAGACAUUCGUAGUAAUAAAGUAGAGACGUCUUUAAAAUUCAAUAAGUAAAAAAAUAUAUGUAUUAUUUUGUCAAACAUUUAUAUUUUUAGCAUAGUUUAUGCUUAUAGGUAGUUUAUGCUUAUAGGUGCCUUUAUUAAAAUAUACUUAAAUUGUUUUCAAAAGGCUGUUUGGUAAUACGAUUCAAAAAAUACAAAUUAAGGAAUCAAAAACAAAUAAUAUAUAUUUAAGAAAAAGGUACAUUAAUAAUGAGUAUGUUCACCUCUGGCUCUAAGAACUUCGGCACAACGAUGUGGCAUGCUUUCCACCAAAUUUCUGAUUAUUUGUUGUGGUAACUGCUCGUAAAUCGUUAAAAUAACAUCUGCAACUUGGUUCAGAUUUUGGAAGGGUUGAUGAUCCUUCAAACGUCUUGCCAGUUCAUCCCAGAGAUGCUCAAUUGGAUAUAGAUUCGGGCUGGCAUGGCCAUCUCAUGACAUUAAUAUUGUGCUCCUGCAGGAAAUUUCUCACGACCCCGGCUACGUGUGGCCUGGCCAUAUUUUGGGCAAAUGGGACAACAUGAGGUUCCAAUAUCUCCUCUAUGUAACGGACAGCCGUUAAAGUCCCUUCCCGAAAUACCACAAGGUCCGUGUGUCCUGUCAAAGUAAUACCAGCCCAUACCAUUAUUGAUCCACCUCCAAAUGGAACAAUUUCCUGCACACAGUCAUCCAAAUAUCGUUCACCGGGACGUCUCCAUUCACGAACACGCCCAUCAGUAUUGCAUAACAUGAAUCUUUUUUCAUCUGUAAACAUUACACUGGCCCACUGCUCUAAAUUCCAAUUAAGAUGCUCUUGACAAAAGUUUAUACGAUUUGCUCGAUGAGCUGGAGUUAAUCUAGGGGCUCUAGCAGGUCGUCUGGCAUGGAGUAGUCCUUCGUGAAGUCGGUUUCGUAUCGUUUGCUCCGAAAUUCGCGUUCCCACACAUAAGGGGAUUUUGCGGUUUUCUAGCAGUAGCAGCCCCUAAUUGCCCAAAGUGGUAAAAAACGAUCUUCUCUCUGCGUUGUUGCCUUUUGUCGAUUCGAAUAAGUGGCCUCUUUUUACUAUGCCGUAAAUUUGGUAGCGAUUCCAAGCUUUGGAAAAUCAAGCUCUCAAAAAUUUUUACGUUUAAGGCUAAUUAUUUAAAUCUAAGUAGAUAUUGCUAUUUUCAAUUAUUGAAGUAAAGCUUGGAUAAUUUUCUAAUUAAGAUAUAGUUUUUGAUAGAGGGUGCAUUCAAUUUGAUAGUUAUCAGAAGUGAAAUAGAAAAAUAUUCAGAUACGAAGGUGAAUAUUUAUAAAAUAAGGCAACAAAAUUGGAUAUAUCUACGUUUUUAUUACAAAUUGUUGAUAAUAAAUACUAACGGUAUAAGUUUUUAACAUUGGUUAUAUUCGGCAAAACAAUAAAAGAGAAAUAAUCCAUAUAACAACUCAAAAUAUACUUUAUUAUUAUAAACACAAAAUUGGUCAUCAAUUUCUAUGAAAAGAACAAUACAUGUAUGUUAAAUAUAUGCUAUAAAAAGAAUCAACAUUUUCAAAAUACACAUAAAUCUGUUAGUAGAACAAUCAAGAACAUACGGUGAAUAAAUAGAUAAAAACAACACUAAAAUGUACAUAAUAUUCAAUUCAAGAUCUCAAUAUCAUCCAAUGAAUAGGUCUGUUCUAAUAUGAGUUCUUUAAACAUGCGUUAUAAUAAGAUGAAGGCAGUGAUUUUCUUGUCAAAGCCAAUGUGGGUGGGUAGUGGAAGAGGCAAAACACCCUAGUUGGGUAUCUACGAUUCUUCUCCAGGCAUGGAGAAGAAUCAAUUAAAUUAAAAUUUAGAAUUUUUAAAUUUAAUUUAAAAUUAUUAAAAAUAAUUAAAUAAUUAAAAGAAAUAUAAAAUUUAAAAUUUUUGUGGUUUUCUUCCUUUUGCCCAUGAUAUUUCUGUGAAAACAAAUAGCUAUCACAAAAGUAAGUAAAUCAUUGGAAAGCAUAUUAAAUGCAGUGGUUUUUGCUGAAAAAAAACAUGUCCCUAUUUACCAAAUUUUAGAAAAACGACAACGAAGAAGAUACCACUAAUUUUAGAAAAAAUGUUAUACAACUUUUUUGUUGCAAAUGACUUGUUUAAUCACCUCUUAAAGUUUGGCGGUUUUUACAGUAGACACCUUGAAUAAUCGUCAAGAAAAUAAAGAAAACGCUUCAAGCGGCUCAGUAGGAGCAUUAGUUGGGCCCACUGGGCCAGGUCUAAUAAAAACCACAUUUCUGGCAGGAGUUUUUCCCGUUUCAGAUAUUGGGGCUACAUUACUCCACUCCACCCAUCUUUGCCAAAUAAAUGAUCAGGGAGAGCGUUUUCCUGAAUCAAAAUGCGAUUUCAUCAUCAUUGUGCAAUUUUGCUUUUUUGAAUUGUAAUUUAUUAGUACGAGUAUCUUGCUUCCUUUUCUGAUCCGUCCUCCAUACCGCCUGUAAUUCCUCAUUAUAUAAAUCCUCAUCUAAUGAAUCUGGAACGAAAUCUCUGUCGGCAAUACUGUCGUCACUAUCAUAAGCAGUAUCUGUGUCACUAAAAUCACUUGCUGCAUAAAUGUCUUCUAAAUCCUUGUCGCUCAAUAUUUUUUUAGAUCUUAAAAUGUUUUUCGCACCCUUUCUGACUAAAAAUAAUAAGGUGAAGUGGGGUAAAUGUUUAGUAAAGUUGCGAAAGUUUAGGUUUAUUUAUUAAUAAAAAAUAAAGCAGAAUCAAACACAAAUUUCCCGUUUUAUUUAAAAAAUCUUUCGUCUUUGCUUAAUAUAUUACCGCAAUUCUAACGCUUACUUUUUAAUUUUAGAUACAUUUAGACUUAUAAUUUCUUUUUAAAACAAAGUCUAUACUACACACUUUCUCUCUAUUUUGGGGCAAGUGUGUAGACAACUGGUAUCCUCUAUAUGCCUACUUUAAGAAGAAUAUGGGGCAAAUGUGUAAAACUUACCUAUAUUGCGAUUGUUUUAAAAUACUAAGACUUGGCACAAAGUGACAUGUAGGUGAAUAUUUUUUAUUUAUAAACACAAAAUGAAAACGGAAUAUUCUAUGCAAUGAUUAUAACUAAAUGUAAAUCACUUAAACAAGUUUAUAAACAUGAAUUAUUGAAUAUUAUAUGCAGAAAAAUUUACAUCAAAUUUUAUUAAACCUCGCCGACCGGUUCAAACGGGAUUUGGGAGAGACCUUAUAAUGUCGCUUCUGCUAACUAUAGUACAUUCUUCGGGAUCUUUCCAUGUGAAUGUUGAAGAAGCCAAGGGGUCUAAAGUUAGCACUUUUUUGGUUAAUUUUAUUUCCAAUUCUUCAUCCUCUUUAUUAUGAGAGAGUCAAUUUGAAGUCUUCCAAACUAGGGCUUGAACUAACAUCCCCCAUUCUUACAGGUUUGCUUAGACUCCAUCGUAGCAUGCAACUGGUAUCGUUUGUUCGAUUUUGAAAAUAUUAAAUUUUUAGUGAAACAAAUCCCGCACAUGGAUAGUACCAAAAGAAUUAAAGAUCAAGCUCAUUUUUUAGGUUUUGGAGUUUGAAAUUGGAUGGAUGAAAUAACCAUGAAUGAGGUUCUUGGUAAUUCUGAACUGCUUAGUUCGAUUAAUAAAAAGUAGCAAUAAAUAGGCAAUUUAUAGUAGACUUGUCCGACAAAAUAUUUUUUUGAUUUUUUCCCUAAAAGGCAGACUAGCACCCAGUCAUCUUCUUGUAUAUCUGUAGAAGGCUUACUGAUUUGCUCCAUACAUGCAUCAACUGCUUCCGCGUUUCUCAUCUCUUCCUCUAUUAUAUCAUCAUCACUCUCUUGGAAUAUAAUUUCUUCAUGACUUAUGUCCUCUUCUUCAUUCAUGGAAUUUGGUUUAAAUUUUUUGCGCCGAUUUAUUUAUUUGAUUUUUGUUUUAAACAGUCCAAUCCUUUUCGAUCAAGCGACAUAUAACUUCCUCAGAAGUUAUAAUAUCGGUUCUGAUAUCCGCAUCGGCUCCAGAACACACUUUUUUUUUCUUUACUUUUUCGGGUGCGUUAGUCUGUUGAACUGUAGACAAUAGCAAUUCUUCAAAAGAGUAUCGCUGUUCUGGUAGCCCUUGGUAUCCACUUGGACCUGGUUUUGAAUAAGGGCUUGACAAAUGAGGAUGAUUUGUAUCUUCUCUGUUAAUAUUUAGGGAAUGUUGUCUCAAAUGUUUGGCAAUAGCACUAUUGUCCUUUUGACCUAGAUUUGAGGGUCCUGGUUGCAAUAUAUCCAUCGACUCAUCAGGAAAUCUUCGUACCCCUUGAUGUUGCUCCCAACUCUUGUAAAAUAAUGGAUCGUACUUUUCCUUGUCAACAACACAUGCAUUAAAUCGAAAAAUAUCUCCUUUCUUAAAACCAUUAGAUAUAAUUUCGUGGUUAGUUUCUUUCCAUAUUUUACAAACUAAAGAGCUAAAUUUUUUCUUUGGAAUUUGACCCUCAUUAUGCUUCUGCCAGUUGAUCAACUCAUACUCCUAUCUAACUUUUAAAGACUUAAAAACACUGAGGUCAAGUGGUUGUAGAAUAUGGGAUAAAUGGGGUGGUAAUUUAAGAAUGAUCACCCCAUUCUCCCUGGCUGCUCUAAUUAUUCUUUCAUCCACGUGGGACGCGUGACUGUCAUAUAUCAACAAGACUGGUCUUUCUGGGCCAAAGGAUUCUAAUAAACUUUUUUUAAACUAUUGUAGAAAUAUAUCGGAUUCCAUCCAUCCGUUUGCUGUUGUGGCAUACGUUAUUCCAGGGAAUUCUUCAUCACGUGGAGCAACCCAUUCCUGCCACAUAUUUUUUGCCUUGAAAACUAUUAACGGUGGCGCCUUAAACCCAUCUGCACUAACAGCCAUUAAGACCGUAAUAUUUUGCCUUCCACUGCCUGCAGUUGUUCUAGAAGAUGGAGCUCCUCUUUUGCCUACUAUUUUUGUCUUGCUUGGAUCUAGACAAAAAUUGGUUUCAUCAAGAUUCCAUAUUUGCCGUGGUUUGUCGUGCAAAUUUAGGGAAUCCAACUGUGUUUUUAAAAUAUCAAAGUAGCCAUUAAUUACGAAUGGAUCUAAGCAUUUCCUUCUAGCAAACUCCACUGAUUGGGGUUUUUUAGUGGAUAAAUUGUGGCGCUUCGAAAAACUUAUAAAUCAAUCUUUACCUGGCCGGCCUGCUCUAAAUGGCGUUUUAAGUUUAUUUAGAAUGACAUACUUUUCAACAAUAUUAAAUACCUCUCGUCGAGUUAGUCCCCCCCCAUUUUUCCAUUGUUAUUAAACAUUGAGCAACCUUUCGUCUUGUUCGCUGGAAAUCGCUGUACUUCUUCCCAUCGUUAAGCUCUUUACACCUCGAUAACCUCGUCGAUGAUAGCUCAGGGUCAUUUGUGGAAUGUUAUAUUUUUUGUGCGCGCCGUAUUGAGUUAUCAAACCUCUCUCAAUUUCAUUUAAAGCCCUUUUUAAUGUAUCUGUAGUGUAUGAAGUUUUUCUACUUGAAGUUCGUUUAUAGUUUCUAACCAUGUUUGCCUGAAAAUAAGGAAAAAAUAUAGGUAAUUAAUAAUGAAUUUUGCUAAUCGUAGGAAAGGGGUAAGUGUGUAGUAUGCUACACACUUGCCCCGCCUUAAUCACUACACAAUUGCCCCAAUAAGUUUUUUUCAUGGGGCAACUGUUUAGUAAACAAAAUAUUUAGGUUAGUAGUAAAAAAAACUAAAAAUAUGAAUAGAUAUAUAAAAAUACAUACCUCUAAUCUCUGUCAAAACUGAUACUUAUAGAAAAUGGUAUUGUGAUCGUCGGAUGAUAGUGAAUUAAUCUAUAGCACUCAAAUUAUUUAACGUUGCAAAAAAUGCCUUCCGAAUUUAAAAAGCACGCUACGUUAAAAUACAUGACAUCUAUGACAAUUUAAUGUUUUAGAUUAGUGGGGAUAUAUGAUUGAAUACUUUUUUCAUAGAUGUCGCAGGUGUUUUGGCGAAAGUUAUUAUAUUAUAAUUUGUGUACACACUUACCCCGCGUACACUGUUACCCCACCUGACCUUAUACAUUUUUUAAACAAAUAGAAACAUGACUCACCAAACCAUACUCACGUUUUCACGUUCACCGUAAUCCUAUGGAAAUUGGUAUUCAUUUUUCUUGCUCUGUUUAUAUUAAAUUUUUUUAUUAAGAAAAUUUAGAAUUUUAUUUUUCAAUUAAUAUUCUGGUUUUUAUCAACAUCGGAUAUCAAAAGGUAAACAUCGCCCAGCAUAUAUGUUUUUCCGGCGUGGGGCUUUACCAGCACCUAUCCUAUAUAUAUGUAAUUAAAUAUUAUAACUAAUUCCCAACACUUGUUAUUAAAAAAAACAUUGUAAAUCUUAUUUAUUAAUGGUUACUGGCUAAAGAAAUAAUUAGUAAUUAAGACACAAAAUGAAAAAUCGCUUUACGAAUACUUUCUAUCCAAGAUAUUUGGUACUAAGCAUCACACUCUAUAGACACGAUUCUGUUUAAGUUGUCUAAUAUAAUUGUUAAAUAUCUGUUAGUUUUUAGUAUCCAUUUUUUAUUUAUCGUCUUAUAGUUUUAAGAAUCUCAUUUCUUAUUGAUAUUUUUCUUUUUUUAAUACUGUGAAACAGUUUUUAAGAUCUCUCGCUUUGUGUUCAAGAAAAUUUGCCAAAUUAGCUAUUGUAAGUUCAAUGUUUGCCAAUUUAGAUGUUAAGUCUGAUUUUUUAUAUUAUAUUUAGGGAAAUAUACACAGGAUGUCCCAAAAAAUAAAAAGUUUGUUUUUGCUUAAGGUUGCCAAUAGUAUUUUAAAAAAAUAUUCACUGCCCUAUGUUUAAAUGUAAAACAAACAAGUUAAAUAGACCCAUUUUUUUUUAUUUGGGACAUCCUCUAGAAUAUAUUAGGAAAUAGAUACAGUUUUUUAGAUUUAGAGUUUUUAAGGUCUUCCUAUUAGAACUUAGCCGUUUUUUAACUGUCUGUGAUAAGGCGCUUGGUUCCGUCAAUUAUCACAAUCACUUGUGAUUAAAAUGUGCAUUAUUUAAUAAGUAUUUAAAGAAAUUAUUGUUGUACUUUUUAAAUAAAUAAAGAAAAUAAAUGCUUGA